UGGGCCAUACCAAUGCCGCUGGAGGUUGGGGGGCAAAGUACUGAGGGCUCGUGCUUCCUUCCUUCUUUCUACCUGGGCGCGGAGCAGCCGCUCGAUGCUGCCGGGGCGCGCCGGGGUUGGGUGCUGCGGGCAUGAUGUGGGGCAGCGGCUACCCCGGCGGAGGGGGCGCGGGAGGCGCUGCUGUGACUGUCGCCUUCAGCGGCGCCCGCGACUGCUUCCUGCACCUGCCUCCUGCGCUGGCCUCCCACCUUCGCCUGCAGCAGGGCCAAGCUGUGAAAGUCUCCUGGGGUCACCAGCCUAUAUUCUUGAGUUGGAUGGAAAUCAGACAUCAUGGUCACCAUGGUGAAAAUAUUGCUGAAAUUAACAGACACCUAGCAGAGAAACUUGGCAUUGCAGAAGGAGAGCAGAUAUUCCUUGAGCCAUGCUCCCAAGUCUUAUCCUGUCAGCAAGUAGAAGUGGAACCCCUCUCUGCAGAUGAUUGGGAAAUACUGGAGCUGCAUGCUUCCUCUCUUGAAAAGCAUCUUCUUGACCAGAUUCGAAUAGUAUUUCCAAAAGCCAUCUUCCCAGUGUGGGUUGAGCAGAAUACUCAUAUUUACAUUCGAAUUGGUACACUAAAGCCACCUGCUUCUUAUGGGAGACUAGAACCUCGUACACAGCUUUUCGUAUGUCCAAAAACACGCCAGCUUGAAGAAAACACCACCAAUCUGCCUUCCUCAAAAAGUGACUUUUUACAUGAAAGAUUUAUUAAAAGUAACAUGGAUCAAGGAGAAAUCAUAAAGGAACCUUUGGCCAAAGAAUCUCAUUUAAAUCCAGAUGUCCUCGAACAGUGUAAGCCAGAUGCAAAAGAGACAUUUGGCUCAAAUGUCCUGCCAAACGUAUGGAAUUUUAUCGGGAGCAUUUUCUCUCGCUCUCCUGAGCAGAAACAGGAGACUUCCUGUGGUCCAAGUGAAAUGAGUGCAUUCAGAGAUGAGCUAUUAAACUUGAUUCACAUGGACUCUAUUUUCAGAGUAUGUCAGUCCCAGCCUCCUAGUGUACAGAGCACAUCAGCCACAAAGGCAUUUCAGAAAAAUACCAUUCAUGUUUUUCCAUGGAAUCUGGAGUUUGUUGAUCUAGAUCCCAAUAUUAAAGUGUCUUAUGGGAAGAUUAGUAAGCUUCGCUCCCUAAGACAACGCCAUCGAGAAGCAAAGCAGAAUCUACCAUUUGAGAAGCAAAAGCAAAUGUCCAGCACAGAAGACAGAAACCAGUAUGGCUCUAAUAUCAGUCAAGAAUCCAGUGAGAUCUCUGUUGUGCAGAUAGUAUGGAAUGGAUUUGAAGAUCUAGAAAGUGCCAUAAAGCAUAACAACAGUGUGGAAGCCAUGCAUGUUGGAAGAGUUUGGAUUCCAGAUGGCCUGAGAAAGAGAAUACAUAUAGAAAUGCAUGCAACGGUCAGAAUUAAGUCAGUGGAAUCAGUCCCUAAAAUUCCAGCAUCUCUUAGGUUACAACCCAAAAGGAAUUUACAUAAAGACAUAAGUGAAGAUGACAUAAAAUCUGCUUUUAGUUCAUGGUUGGAGGAUACCACUACUGUUGAUCUUCCCUGGAUAAUGACAGACACACACUGCAUACAACUAGUUGUUAAAGAAGUUGUUCAGUGUGUUUCCACAGGAAUGGAAGAGUUUGUCCUUAGUGUAGUACAUCCUUCUCACACUGAAGAAAAUAAAUCGGAGAAUAUUUUUAUGUUGGAUCCCAGUUUGCUGCAGAAGACAAAUAUACAAGUUCUUAUACAUCCUAUGCCUACAAAAGCUAAUGAUGACAGCACACAGUCUACUAUACAUGAUACUGACCAGAUCCUUCCUUUCCACAAACUAAACAGUUUAGGAGGAGUGGGUAAACUAGGAACAUCCACCUUUGAGCACAUAACCCACAGCCUCUUGGGACGUCCUUUAUCUCAAAAGCUAGCUACCAUAGCUGUGGGACUGCGCAGUGGAGCUGUCCUGCUCACAGGAACAAAGGGAAGUGGAAAGUCAACAUUAGCGAAGGCCAUCUGCAAAGAAGCCUUUGAUAGAUUGGAUGCUCAUGUGGAAGUAAUUGACUGUAAGGCUUUAAGAGGAAAAAGAUUAGAAAACAUACGAAAAAAAGUGGAGGAAGUUUUUCUAGAGGCAGCAUGGAGACAGCCAUCCAUUCUUCUGAUGGAUGAUCUUGAUCACAUUGUUGGAGUUCCUUCUACACCAGAGCAUGAGAACAGCCCUGAAGCAGUUCAGAGCUAUAGACUUGCACAUGUUUUGAAAGAUGUGAUAAAAGAAGUUAUUUCCAUGGGCAGUUUGAUUGCAUUAAUUGCCACAAGCCAGUCUGAACAUUCUCUGCAUCCUUCCCUUGUUUCUGGUCAAGGAACUCAUAUAUUUCAAUGCUUCAAACAUAUCCAGCCUCCAGAUCAGGAGCAAAGAUGUGAAUUACUGCAUUCCAUAAUAGAAAAUAAAUUGAACUCCAAAAUAAACAGAUUCUAUGACCUUGAUCUCCAGCAUAUUGCAAAGGAAACAGAAGGGUUUAUAGCUAGAGAUUUUACAAUGCUAGUGGAUCGUGCCAUACACUCCUGUGUUUCUAAUAAGGGAGCGUGCAACAAGGAAGACUUGAAUCUGUCAACCUUGGACUUUCAAAAAGCUUUAAAAGAUUUUACUCCUUCAUCUCUGAGAAAUGUUAACCUACACAAACCUAAAGACUUGGGCUGGGACAGGAUUGGUGGCUUAAAGGAUGUACAGCAAAUACUCAUGGAUACCAUCCAGUUACCCACAAAGUAUCCAGGAUUAUUUGCAAACCUGCCGAUACGACAGAGGACAGGAAUUUUGUUGUAUGGUGCUCCUGGAACAGGAAAAACUCUGUUAGCAGGUGUAGUUGCCCGAGAGAGUGGAAUGAAUUUUAUCAGCAUCAAGGGACCAGAGCUCCUCAGUAAAUAUAUUGGAGCAAGUGAGCAAGCUGUUCGAGAUGUCUUUAACAGAGCACAGGCAGCCAAGCCUUGUAUAGUUUUCUUUGAUGAGUUUGAUUCCAUUGCCCCUCGACGAGGUCAUGAUAAUACUGGAGUGACAGACCGAGUGGUUAACCAACUGUUGACUCAGCUGGAUGGAGUAGAAGGCUUACAAGGGGUUUAUGUGUUGGCUGCUACUAGUCGUCCUGAUUUGAUUGACCCUGCUCUGUUGAGGCCAGGUCGACUGGAUAAAUGCCUGUACUGUCCUCCUCCUGAUCAGACUUCUCGUUUUGAAAUCCUAAAAGCCCUCAGUCAUUCUCUGCCUUUGGCAAAUGAUGUGGACUUUCAGCAUUUGGCAGCAAAAACAGAGCACUUCACAGGAGCUGACCUAAAAGCUUUACUGUACAAUGCCCAGUUAGAGGCAAUACAUGCUAGCUUGGGUUCAAGUUUACCACAAGAUAUCGGUUCUAGUUCAGACAGUGACCUCAGUCUCUCUUCUAUGGUUUUCUUAAACCAUAGCAGUGGUUCAGAUGAUUCAGCAGGGGAUGUAGAAGGAGGGCUGGAGCAGUCUCUUAUUUCCCUAGAGAUGUCCGAGUUGUUUCCUGAAGAUUCAAGGUCCAACAUUUAUCGUCUUUACUUUGGAAGCUCCUAUGAAUCAGAGCUAGGAAAUGGAACUCCUUCAGAACUGAGCUCUCAGUGUUUGUCUGGACCAAACUCCAUAACCCAUGAUUUAACUGGCAUUACUUUGAGAGAUAUAGUAUCGUCGCAACCCUCCAUGCUCAGAACCGCCUCACAAGAAGGUUUCCAAGAACUUAAUCAAGAACAAAUAGAGCAACUCAGGGCUGAAAUCAAUGCAAUCAAGGCCAACUACAGGAGCAAGAAUGGAGAGGAUGUUGCCCCUAGCCAAUCAGGAUUAACCAGGAACACUUUAAUUAUUAGUCAGUCCCACUUAAUGGCUGCACUUGAGGACACAAGACCAUCUGUAAGUCAAGAUGACUGGAAGAAUUUUGUUGAACUCUAUGAGAAUUUUCAGCAUCCCAAGAAGAGGAAAGGGCAGAAUGGAGCAACUUUCAGACCAGGACAAAAAGUGACUUUAGCAUAAUAAUUUUUAAUGUGAUUGUAAUCACUAAAUUGUAGCUUUAAAUGUUAGAUGUUUAAAUUAUAAGAUCAGAAUAAGAUUUAUAUUCAUAUGGGUUUAUUAUUGCAGUGACUGAAUGACAGGCUUCUUUGAAAUUAAUUUUAAGGACUUGUAAAAUUAUUUGACAUUUUAUUUUGCAAAAAUAUGUCUUCCUACAAAUUGGUAUUAAACAUUUUGAGACAA